AACGGUGCUGGCAUCGAACUUCACGCCGAUUCCGGGCUUCUUGUCCUUAUGCCAAUCAAAAUAGUUCCCGUAGCAUCAUGACCAAGGGUAGACUUUAUGAAAUUAUCUUUGGUGUUGUUUUUGGCUGAAAGAAACGUCGAUCUCGCGAGUUGGCCGUUUGCUUUCCAGCAUAAACUCAGCGCAAGAUUGGCGUUGGCUAGCCCGACCCAAAGCGACGGCGAGCAAGAUCGAUUUGUCUCGACGUUUGUUCGACUUCGCACCGGAACCCUUCGCAUUUGGCGCCCCUUGAGAGCCCUAGGUCUUGAUUCCUGAUUCUUUAUUCGCAGUUUUUAACCUGACGGUUGAUUUGCCUCACCUGUU